ACAAUGUUUGACGUCAUAUUUCCUAGACUGACGUAAAUCGAAACGCGACAAUGACGACACACUUGCUUGCUACACGUGAAAGUCGGUAAAUUUGUGAUUUAAUAUUGCGAGUGUUAAAGUUGCGUUUUAUAAUUAUGGGAAGGGACUUUACGUAAACAGCGUGAAAAGCGAUAGAAAUUUGUAAUUCUAUCUACUGAUUAGAUUAUGUGAUUAAAUUCAAUUGCUAAUUUUUUCACAUUGAACAUUUGUAAUAAGCAAUAAUCGGUUGUUGACUUUUGCGUGAAAAAAAAAAAAAGAUAAAUUUACCGAUAGCAUCAGAAUUCCACAGUUAUCGGAUUGUUUCCAUGACAUUUCGAGGUACAGACACGAUUAUGUCGGAUCCGAUAACAUUCCAUUAAUCGAAUCGGAGAAGAUAAGUGUAUCAUUCACGAUAGGGGGGCGUGAUAUAGAUUUCCGAAUGUUUAUCGGCCGCCGUUGAGUGAAAUUUUGAAUUGAAACUGCAAUAUCUUCUCGCGCAACAAACAAUAAAGCAGUGGAUAAAAAUUAUUCGAGAGAGAAUCUUUCGCGAGAAGUUGGUGAGAUUUAGCGAAAAUGGUUCAGCGUCAUCACGUGCAAGGAUAUGAGAAUUUUCUAGAAUAUGUGAAGGAUCUCAAGUCUGCGGGUCAGACUUACAUACUCUACACCGGCACAAAAUUGUCUGAUUCUGGUAAAAGUUGGUGUCCCGAUUGCGUAGUAGCUGAACCAUUUAUUGAAAAAGGUUUUGAAACAGCACCUGAUGGAACACAGCUAAUAGUGGCAGAAGUUGGAGACAGACCAUUCUGGAAAGAUCCCAACUGUCCGUUCAGAUCAAAUCCCAUUACCAAAUUAAAAGUUCUACCAACUCUGGCUCGAUGGGGUACUCAGAAACGUUUAGAAGGUGAUCAGUUAUUAAAACCUGAACUUAUCGAUAUGUUACUGACAGAUGAAGAUGACUGAAAAAUAUAGUCAAUAAAAGAAGUUGGAUCAAAGAAUCUCUCAGAUAUUUUAAUGAUUGUUUGUAAGUCGUAUGAUGUGUGAAAGAGGACUAGAGAAAUAUAAUAAAUUUAUAAGCAAGUUUUUAAAAAUAUUGCAAAUUGAUAUUAGAUUAUUCAGAUGAUAUGAUAAAAUCAUCAAGAAGAGUAACGAACAGGUAAAAAUAAAUCCUUUUCGAUCUUA